AUGGCCUCCAACGAGCCAGCAGACCCCAUUCCCCAGGGAAUGUUUGCCACUGCUCGUCAGUCCUUCGCAGACCUCUUCAUCUGGAAGCAGCGUGUCGAGGUGACCAAUGAACACGGUGAAUCGCGAACAGAAUGGCAAGCCCCAGAGUCGAUCAAAAACCCCAUCAGCCUGAUGGCUCAGCUCUCAGCGCGCGACUGGCUAUUCUUCCUGGUUGGGCUCACGGCAUGGACUGCCGAUGCCUUCGACUUCCAUGCCUUGUCGAUUCAAACGGUGAAGUUAGCAGAUUAUUACGGCAGGUCAAAAACCGAUAUCUCGACGGCGAUUACCUUGACCCUGCUGCUGAGAAGCGUGGGAGCCGCGUGCUUUGGACUCGCGGGUGAUAAAUACGGCCGUAAAUGGCCAAUGGUGCUUAAUAUGAUCAUUCUGGGAGUCUUACAGAUUGCUACAAUCUACAGCAAAACCUUCCAGCAAUUCUUGGCUGUACGCAGUCUCUUUGGUCUUUUCAUGGGUGGGGUGUAUGGCAAUGCCAUUGCCAUGGCAUUGGAACAUUGCCCAGUCAACGCCAGAGGGCUGAUGUCCGGAAUCCUCCAGCAAGGCUACUCGCUAGGCUAUGUGUUCGCGGCCUGUGCCAAUCUCGGUGUCGGAGGAGGAACGGACACUUGGAAGACUGUCUUCUGGAUUGCCGCUGGAAUCUCAAUCGCAGUCGGUCUCGUUCGAAUUUGCUUCCCCGAAUCCAAGGCGUUCAUCGAGGCUAAGAAAGCCGGUAAACGAAGCCUUACCGCAGGCGAGUUCUGGCGGGAGACAAUAGCCAUGCUAGGCAAGGAGUGGCGCAUGUGCAUCUACUGUAUUAUUCUGAUGACCUGGUUCAACUUCUAUUCCCACACCUCCCAAGACUCCUACACCACGUUCAUGCUCACCUCCAAAGAGCUCGAAAACACCGGUGCCUCGAGAGCCUCGAUUUUGAUGAAGACUGGGGCCUGUGUUGGAGGUACUAUCAUCGGAUACCUGUCACAGUUUGUUGGCCGUCGAAGGGCGAUCAUUGUCGCCGCCUUCGUGUCGGGAGUGCUCAUUCCUGCAUGGAUUCUUCCCCAGGGCGAGCGAGCGCUGAGUGCGACUGGGUUCUUCAUGCAAUUCUUCGUCCAGGGCGCAUGGGGUGUGAUUCCAAUCCAUUUGAACGAGCUAUCCCCUCCGGCAUUCCGAUCUUCCUUCCCUGGUCUCACAUAUCAGCUCGGAAACAUGAUCUCCUCUCCGUCAGCACAGAUUGUGAACGCCGUGUCCGAGUCCAUCUCGGUGACCAGUGCAUCCGGUCACAGGGUGAACGCUUACGGGCCAGUCAUGGGAGUGGCCACGGCCAUCAUCGCCGUUGGGAUCAUGGUCACCACUGCCAUUGGCCCCGAGAAGCGUGGUCGCCGGUUCGAGAGCGUGGUCGCCGGAGUCGAUGAGGCUGCUAACGCCAAAGCCAUAGACUUGGAAAAUGCUGGCCAGGAGCCUGGUAAGUCAAAGGAUGAGAUGAUUGAGCUGGCCGAUCAGAAGAAGUAG